ACAAAAAACCUGGAGUGACUAUAAAAAACACAACACUGCAAAAUACCUGAUCGGGAUCGCACCAAACGGCAUGAUUUCAUUCUUGUCGGACGGGUAUGGUGGACGAUCCUCAGACAAGAGCAUCGUUCAUGACUCAGGUUUCCUGAACAAGGUGGACCCCAAGGACAUCAUCCUGGCAGACAGGGGGUUCACAAUAGCCAGCGACCUGCUACAGAAAGGAGCCCGCCUGGAAAUUCCACCCCCCAGCACUGGAGUCAACCAGCAGACCAGUGAGGCAGUUGCCAAAACCAAGAAGGUCGCAAAUGCAAGAAUUCACGUGGAAAGAGCAAUAGGGCGUAUAAAAUGGUUCACCAUCUUGAAAAACACUGUCCCAGUCAACAUGGUGCCGAUCCUGGACGACAUUGUGGUGGUGUGUGCUGCCCUCCCCAACUUAAGGCCUCCACUUGUGGGGACAUGAUGUUAUAGGU